ACACAGACCCCCACGUUAGUUCGAACGUGUUCUUGGGUUCCGCCUGAAACCUCAAGCCUUCCCUAAAAAGGGCAUAUGAUUGCAUGUUUUAACCCAUUAAAACACCCAACAUCCGUUACCCUCUUCUGCAAUCUAACAUUCUUCACAAUCUUUGUUCAGAAACCCAACAAACAAAGAUAUCAUCUUUUCUUUUCUUUUCUUUUCUUUCAGAUUGGUGAUCUUUCCUUCGUCAGUCAUACCUUUUCUUUACUCCUCCUGCUUCGUGGGUUUUGCAAAUUUAAGGUAAACUUCAAUCAAAGUUUGGGGUUUUUUGCUUGAGUUUUCCAAUGAGACCCUUAAGAGGUGGAAUCAGUAAGAAGAAGAAGAAGAAGAAUAAGGUGGAGACGAAGUUUGACCCAAACGGGUCUCAAGUUUCAGCGCCGUCUCUUCCACAUACGUUGGAUUGGUGGAACGAAUUCUCCAAUCGGCUCACCGGUAGUUUAUCUGAAGUUAAGGAGACGGCUACAUUCGAAUCACUUUUCAAGUUUUCGAGAAAGACAUUCAACUACAUUUGUUCAUUUGUUAAGGAUGAUUUGAUGGCGAAAUCUACUUAUUUCAUAGAUAUUCAUGGGAAGCCAUUGUCUCUUAAUGAUUGUGUAGCCAUUGCUCUAAGGAGGUUAAGCUCGGGAGAUUCACUCUCAAUUGUUGGUGAUUCACUCGGAGUUCACCAAUCAACUGUUGCCCAAAUAACGUGGCGGUUUGUGGAGUCCAUGGAGGAAAAAGGCCUCCACCAUCUCCGGUGGCCUGUAACUGAAUCAGAAAAUGAAGAUGUAAAGUCCAAUUUCUUCGACAAAACAGGACUCCCCAACUGCUGUGGGGCGAUCAGCACGACUCACAUCUUGAUGAGUUUCUCGCUCGACGAAUCCAAUGGCGUUUGGUGUGAUAGUGAAAACAAGCAUAGUAUGCUCCUCCAAGCAAUUGUUGGAUCGGAUAUGAGAUUUCUUGACGUCGUUGCAGGUUGGCCGGGGAGCUUGUCUGAUUCUGUCGUGUUGAGGAACUCGAGUUUCUAUACACUUGUUCAAGAAUCAAAGCGGCUAAGUGGAAAGAAAAUGAAGAUGAAAUCGGAAGAAGAAGAGCCAGGGAAAGAGUUGGGAGAAUAUUUAGUAGGGGGCGAAGGUUUUCCUCUUUUGCCUUGGCUACUUACUCCUUAUCGAGGAAAAGAGCUUUCGGAUUCCCAAGUUGGGCUCAAUAAGCGGAUUUCUGUCGCGCAAGUUAUAGCCGAAAGAGCGUUUACUCGGUUGAAGGAGAAUUGGAGAAUUAUUCAAGGGGUGAUGUGGAGGCCCGAUAAGAAUCGCCUGCCAAGGAUCAUCCUCGUUUGCUGCAUUUUGCAUAACAUACUCAUCGAUUUCGAGGAUGAGGUGCAAAUGAACAUGCCGGUCUCUCAUGAUUCGUCGUUAUACAAGCCACGAGCUUGCAAAGAUAAUGACAAGUGUGGUCUUAGGGAGAUGGUGAGUCUACAAUUAUCGAGGAAGCUCGACCCUCGUCAAUAGCCCAACAUGGGACUUUCUUUGUUUUGUUUGUCAAGUGAUUCAUUCUAAAUGGAGUCUAACAUUCAUUUUAUUGGGAGUUUUCUUUGUUAAAUUAUGCAAUAUUUGUCACAUUUUUUUUAGUUGAUA